AGCACUUCUCAAUGACUUGAUCUUAAAAUCAGUACUAGAACACGAUUUAAUAAAACACAGUUAAACCCGAAGAAAUCUGACAACAACAACAACAACUAGUUUCUUUCCGGUAGAAAUUUUGUUUCAGGUUGACAGAGAUCAUACUUUCCAUACAUGAGCAAAUAUUACUGGAUUUUUCUUACAAUAUGUUUUCAUUUAAUUGCAUACAAGGUUCACUGUAAAUCUGACAUUCCGCUUGGGUAUAAGGUCACAAUCCCAAUACCAUCAGAUUGUAACGCGGGUUUUAUAGGAAGAGCUUUUCUAAUGGAGCCUGAGAAAAUAACAGUUCCUAGUUUUAAGGUUGCAUUGGGUGUUGAAGAUUCUUUUAAUGGUAGUUUCUCGUGUUCACUUCAAGUUUUUCUUGGAGAGUUCAAAGUUUGGGAUUCUGGUCAUGUGUCGAAAUUUUAUCCGAAGAAUAAAUGUAUGUUGGAGUUUACAGAAGGUGGUGUGUUGUUGUUGAGGGGUUCAGAGCGACAAAUUGGAUGGACUAGUGGCACUUCCGGGCAAGGUGUAGAGCUUUUGCAGAGAUUACAGUUGCUGCAUAUAGGCAAUCUUGUUCUACUGGAUGUAAUGGACCGUCUAAAAUGGCAAAGUUUUGAUUUCCCGGCGAAUGUAAUUCUCUGGGGUAAAUUCAAGUACUCUUACUGGGAAUUCAGUCCUACAGAAGGCCAGAAUAUCGUGUCUGCCGAAUUGGGUUCUACAGGUCUGAAGCUUUUCGACCAAAACCAUCGUAAAUUUGCACAGAUAUCAUCGAGAAAACAAAAACUUGUGAGAUUUCUAGCAUUGUCUGAAAGAAAUGGGAAUCUGGGAUUGUAUCAUUAUUCAAUUCAAAAGAGUAUAUGUACUCUAGCAUUGUCUGAAUGAAAUGUGUGAUUUCCCUUUAGCUUGUGGACCUUACAGUAUAUGUACUCUAUCCAAUACUUGUCAAUGCAUCCAGUUUUCAGAGAAGGCUGCUAACCCAGUGGCAGUGCAAUCUGAUUGCAACGUGGGUUUUUCUGGCGAGUUCUGUGGCAAAACUGAACCCGUUGAGAUGAUUGAGAUAAAGGGUGUUGGAAGUAUCCUGAGAAGUCCUCAAGUUUUUAAUGUCAGGAAAGAUGUUUGCCUGAGUAUGUGCAUUGAUGAUUGUACCUGUGUUGCUCUGUUAUACUCCGAUAAGGGUGUGGGCAUUCAUGCCGGAGAUGUUUGUCAGCGGUGUGUUCAUUAUGGUCUUGUCGGGGGUUUAAAACAAAUGGACGAAGAAGAGGUGGCUAUAAAUAUGUGGAGUUACUGGGUUAAGGCUCCCAAGGGAAUUGUUGGAACAGAGGGCAAAAACUCAGUUUUAAAGAGAUGGCUUCUGAUCAUGGGAGGGGUGGUUGAUGUAUUCAUCAU